AUGGGACUGUUUUAUAUUUUGAUAAGAAAAGCGUGCAAAUUGAUCGGAAAGCUAGAUAAGAAGAAAGACGGUCGUCAUAUAAGUUUGAAAUUAACUCUUUGGAAACAUAAUUUGAAAAAUGGUUCCAUGAGUAAAAAACUCGUAAAAGAUAACACAUUCUUUGCAAAUUAUAACAUCCCGAAGCAGUCAACGUUAGAGUAUCCUGGUGGUGAAUUGUGCCUUCACAAAGGAAGGAAACCACUGAUUGGCUACAUCAAUUAUCCAAUGAAUUAUCCCUACCAUCAGCGGAAAAUCUCAGAUCAGAAAACUAGACAUUGCAAUUAG